ACCUGCUUCUCAGAAACAUGACAGAUCAAACUCCACAACAGACAAUGCCAAUGAAUGACAGCUCCAAAAACCAGACUUGUGAUGUAUUCAUCUACAAGGAGUCUGCGCGGAUCAUCUUUCCCACUUUCUAUUGCCUGGUUUUUAUCAUCAGCGUGGCAGGUAACAGCCUGGUCCUCUGCAUCACCUGUCAGAAAAAGCAGAAGAUGAACUCCACCACCAUGUAUAUCAUCAACCUGGCCAUCUCCGACACCCUCUUCACCUUGGCUCUUCCCGGCAGGAUCAUCUACUACAUCCAAGGCUUCGACUGGCCUUUUGGAGAUUUCUUGUGCCGGCUGACUGCCAUGAUCUUCUACAGCAAUACCUAUGCUAGCAUCGCCUUCAUGACCUGCAUCAGUGUAGAUCGCUACUUGGCCAUGCUGCACCGUCAGAGAUGUCAAAGACUAAGGAAAAACAAAGUUGUGCGAGGUAUCUGCAUUCUGGUAUGGGUGGUGGUGCUUCUUGAGACGUCUCCUCUGCUCAUGAAGAACACCAUGGAAUACAGGUCCAGUCAUCGAACGUGCAUGGAGUUCUCUAAUUUUGAUAGCCCCGGGAUGGCAUACGUUCUCCUGUUUGCUUGCAUAAUUGGGUUUUGCAUUCCAUUGGGACUCAUCCUGUGUUGCUACAGUCAGGUCAGCUACAAGCUCUCCAAGACGGCCAAGGAAAACCCGGUGACCAGCAGGUCUGGCAGCAACAGCAGGGCCAAAAAUAUGAUCCUGCUCAUUCUGCUGAGCUUUGGCGUGUGUUUCAGUCCCUACCACAUCAACAUCAUUCAGUAUGCAGUUAGAAGGCUGUACAAUGAGCCCACUUGUGAGGACUUAAAGACUUUGAAAAUGUCCCUGCAGGUAACCGUUUCCAUGAUGAACUUUAACAGCUGCCUUGACCCUAUUAUUUACUUUUUUGCCAUCAAAACGUACAAGCAGAGAGUCAUGAGUCUUUUUAAGAGCUACCUUUCCGUUUCAGCAUCCUCAAGGAGCAUGCAGGAAAACAGCAGCAGUAACACAUGAGGGCCAAUAUUAUGUGAAGAAAAAUAUGAUGGUGCAAACUGCAGAGGAAAUGUCUGCACACGUGUGAAAAUUUGGUUAGAUAGCUGUAGAGUGCAGAGUUUCAUACUUUUUAUUUCUGAGCAUAUGGAAUACAAUUUCUUAUCAUUGAUGGUGUAUCUGUUAUUUUGUCUUGGGAUU